AUGGCCCAAAGCACAGCCUCGAGAACGACAGUACUCCGUUCGAGCAUCAGAAUCAGCUCCCCAACAUCGGUCCCGGUCGCUUCGCAGAAUGCAUCGGCCAUCACCUCCCACCCUGACCGCCUCCCGUUCGAAAUUUGGACUCGUAUUCUCCGAUGCAUGUGCGCGACUGUGCUUGGCGAUGAGUCUCGCUCGCAGCAGAGUUCCCACGCCAUUUCCAUCACCUUCCACUCUCGCACUCACCGCCAGGGGUAUGUCGAUGCUCUCCGCUGGCUGCGCUCGCUGUCGACUGUCUGCCGAACGUGGUACUCCUUCGUCAACCCAUUCGUCCUGCGUCAUACGCUGUGGAACAAAGCGAUGAUGAAGCGCUUCAAAGCCGAGCUCGGUCGAGAUUCCUUCGCCAAAUGCCCCCGACCCGAUUUCCGUUUGAUCCACAACCUGGACUUGCUGGAUGUUCCACAUAUGCUGCCGCACGACCAGGCUCUUGUCCGACUUCUGAAAGAAUGCAGCUCCCUGAGUGCGCUCUCGCUGCACAUCAACUGCCUGUCGAUCGUCGGGCUUGCGGAUCUCGCCCGCGCAACACCAGGUGUCCGGCGGUUGUUCUUCAGAGGCUUCGGCUGCAGCGACAGCACUCCUGUUGCCGAAGACUAUGUCGCAGUCCAGCGGUGGAUUGGCGGCCUCAUAUUCCUGGACCUUUCGUCGCUGGACCCAAGCCAAUCCGGAUACCCUCUGCUCGACCUCAUUUACGCCUCGCUUUCCGCUCAGCUAGAGUACUUCCGAGCGAGCUCCCGAUCGCUUCUCAAGGCUGUCCAUCUCGAAAACGUCCAGGGCUUCUCUGUACAGGACUGGGACCAACUCGAGUUCCCGCACAUGACCGCUUUCUCGUGCUCGUACUGUCCGUUCAGUUCCGAGAUCGACAGCAUCGUUCUUGCCCAUGCUCGAUUCAUGCAGAGACAUCAACGCAGCCUCAGGCAUGUCGACAUCUCUCGUAUUCCGAUCGGACCGUGCACCUGGGAAGUCCUCAAAACCCUGCGGCUCGAGUCCCUGGUUCUCAAUGCAGGGCUGGAUUCUGAGGACAGCCUCGUGGAGUAUCUUACGUCCUCGCCGAAUGCCUGCUCCUUGAAGUCGCUUUCGCUCAACUCGGCAGGACCAAAGGUGUCCGAUCGCUCGCUUGUGACCCUUGCUCGCCGAUGCCCGCAGCUGCAGCGGCUCGACGUCCGCAAAUGCCGGGUGUCCGAGUGGGGUCUUUCGAAGCUCUACCUGGACUGCGCCGAGUUGGUCCUGCUCAAGGCAAGCUGCAGCGUCCAGGUGUCGCUGUCAUUCAUCAAGCUGUGCGAGCAAAAGAGUGGCUUCCAUGACGACUCGGUACAUGUCUUUGCCAGCUAG